CUUUUUUACAUUUUUUUUACCUGCCUUUGAGCCUGUUCCUCUUGUAGCAUUUAAUGAUCUUGAACAAGGACAGUUGUCUCAUCAGUUUCGACUCCACUCUGCAAUUGCUUCACUCCAACAGCAGCAUAAUUCGCAAAGCAAUCUGCAUACAAAUAUUUUGAAUAAAAUCAUCUUUAUGAGAUUUCCAUUUAAGCAUUCAAUUUCUUUGGUUUUUAAAUUUUCAACUCAAAAAAUUGACCGAUCAUUUCCCCCUCCCCUCUCCAUUUCUUUAAAUUUCCGAUGCCAAAUCACGUCCUUAGGACACCCAUGGAUUUCUCUCUUGGCAGUGGAAAAUGAGUGGAACAUCCAUAGGUCAUUCUCAUCGUGAACCAUGUCUGAGAUGAAAACCUUGCAAAGGUGCAGGAACGUUAAUGAAGCUGACAAUUUUGUUCUGAUUGAUGUUGAUUGUGAGCAUUUUGAUAGUGUUAUUAUAAUUGAUGUUCCUGAGCCUUUGCCAAAGAAAUGGCAAGGUUCUAGCAUGGUCAGGAAAAAGGAAAAAUGGCCAUCUAGGACUGUAAUAUGCAUUGAUGAUGAUGAAAGCACUGACAAUGACCAUUCUGGUCUUGGUGUAAAUGAGAAUGGAAGCUUCUCUAAUGGCACUUCUGCUAGCAAGGUAUCUUCCCCUGCCUUAAAAAACUUCAGAAGUUCUGCAGUCGCUGCUAGCAAAGGAUGCCAGUUUGACCAAGAAAAUGUGAUUCCAGUGAGGUUAUCAAAAUGUAAGUGUACCUAUUCUGGAAAAGCUUCCACAAGCAACCGCUAUGGCUUGAGUACAGAUUCAGAAAGUGAAUUGUCUGAUAAUGAGCAUUCAGAUAGUGAGUUAAUGGAAGAUUCUUCUGGAAACCUUCAACAGCAAUGGGAAGAAGCUUUCCUUAGGAGAAUGAAGGAUAUUCACAAUGGUCAAUCUGGUAUUAGAGAUCACGACAGUGCUUCAAGUGUUUUGAAUGUUGAUCACCCCCUAAAUGUUAGAACAGAAAGCAAUAAUGGGCAGCAUGAGAAACCCCCAUUUUGUUCUAGUACUGGCAAACCAAGCCAUGGAAAUGAAGCUCCAUCUCCUUUUAUUACAGAAGAGGAUACCCACUUUGAUAGCUCUUCUUUUGGCUAUACUAAGUCUGAUGGUCACAAGAGAUCACAUUCUGACGCCAAAGAUCCCAACUAUGCUGGGCAGAAAGAUGGCCAACAUUAUGAGCCAAUGAAUCCCAGCUGUCAGAAUGAGGAGAGUUUGAACCCUCCAGUAUCAUCUUAUUUUCCUUACCAUGGACAGGGAACUGAGCUAGUUGAUCGUCCUAAAAUGGCUUUCCAAGAUGAUGAGGGAACUCCAAUGAACUCUUUUCAUGGGAAACCUAGUUCAGUAGAGGAAGAGGCUUCUAUGUGCAAGCAUCAAAAUUCAUAUGAAAUUGAUGGUGACAAUGUCAGAUCUUCUCUAAAAGACAGAGAGAAGAAGCUUCAGGAGACAUUUACUGGUAAUAUUAAGGAAAAGGAGCAUCUGGAACCUUGUGAACCACGUGCAACUAGCAAUGUUAACAAAGAUAAUUUAAUAUCUAAUACAUAUGUGAAUUUUCCGUCAUCUAGUGAGCAUGUUAACGUUGGCGUUAGUCCUGGUGACAGAGUUGGACCUGUCCCAGGAAAAGUCGCUUUCUGUAAAAUUUCAUCACUGGGCUCGGAAGAUGGCAUUGAUAACUGUUGUCAUCAGGAAAGCAGGAAAGCAGUUUCUGAGACACCAUCUUUCUGCAAUGUGCUUGAGGAGAAUUCUUCUGUGGAGGCAGUGGAAACUCUCGUUGAGUCUGUGUCAAUAAGUAUGCACAAGGAUGAAGAUGAUCAAAAACAUAUUCAGAAUGGAGGUACUGAACUUGGUGUUGAGAAUUGUAUCAUUAAUGAACGUGAAAAGCUCAAGGAAACAGAUGAAUACAAAAGAGCACUAGAGGUCGAGUGGGCUUCUCGACAACAAGCAUUAAAAAUUCAGGCUGAAGAAGCACAACGCUUGCGGCAGUCGCAGAAGAGAAAAAAAUCUGAAAGCAUGCGCUUACAGGACAUGGCGAAAAGACAAAAGCAGCGUGUGAAGGAAAUAAGAGAGACUCAAAAGAAGGAUGUGGAAAAUCUCAACAUGAAGGAGGUAAUGCGCUCCCAGGUUAGGAAGGAGCUCAAGAAACUGGAAAUGACAUGCGGCAAUAUGGCUUCGCUGCUGCAUUCCCUGGGAAUCCAAGUGGGUAGUUGGCCUUGUCCAUCAACAAAUGAGGUACAAUCUGCUUACAAACGAGCAUUGCUGACGUUUCACCCAGAUCGAGCUCCGAAAACUGACAUACGUCAGCAGGUUGAAGCUGAGGAGAAAUUUAAGCUUAUUAAUCGUUUGAAGGAGGAACUUCUACCAUUUUCUUGAUGCUUGAGCAAGUUGAACAUUAUUGCAUCAUGAACUAUAUAUUCUUCACUAGCCGAGAAUUAUCAUGAACAUGCUUUCCAUGCUUGCAAUAUUUCCAGAAAGAAGCCAUAAGUUAUCAAUCAUGCUUUCAUGGGGUUGGAAAGCAUUCUUUUGUUUGUAAAAUAAUUGAUAUUUCCUCCUAGCUUAUAAGUGAUUUCUCUAUGAUGGGUUUUGUGUUGUUAUUGCACUCUGGUGCUUGAGAGUUGUUGAGCAUAUGAUGUCUGUUGGUUGAAGAAAUGGGUUAUUUCAGUUGGUAGUAUACAAGGCUUAUGUGUAUUAAGUUUUUAUUUUUUAUGACAUUUAUGUAAGUAUUUUUCAUCAAAGCAGAGACUAAUUAAUUAGUCUAUGUAUUGGUAUUUAA